AUGGCUGAAGUGAAGCUGAUUGGAACAUUGCCUACCCCAUUUGUUUGCCCAGUGAUAUGGGCACUAAAAGUAAAGGGCAUCCCGUAUGAGCUCAUAGAAGAAGAUGUCACCAAUAAAAGUCCUCUGCUUCUGAAGUAUAACCCUGUUCACAAGAAGAUCCCAGUUCUUCUCGAUGGCAGUCAACCAGUUUGCGAGUCCAUGAUUAUUGUCGAAUACAUCGAUAAGAUGUGGCAGCAAAAUUCCUUGCUGCCUCAUGACCCAUACGAGAGAGCUCUGGCUUGUUUCUGGGUCAAAUUUACCGAAGAUAAGUGUCCCUCAGUGUUGAGAAUAUUUCGUGCUAAAGGUGAAGAACUUGAGAAGACAACGAAGGAAACAGAGGAAAUGUUACAAACCGUAGAAGAACUCGGAUUAGGGGAGAAGAAAUUUUUUGGAGGAGACAGCAUAGGGAUGGUAGACAUAGCCUUUGGAGCGGUUAUUCACUGGUUGUAA